AUGGGAAGCAGCGUCGUGCUAUACACAUGGAUGGUCAGGGGUCACCUCCACCCCAUGACGCAGCUCGCAGAUCACCUCGCCGGACAUGGCGUUCCCGUCACCGUCGCCGUCGCCGACGUCCCGUCUACCGGUGAGUCGUCGCAGACCAUUGCCCGCCUCUCUGCCACCUACCCUACCGUGUCCUUCCACCUGCUCCCGCCGGCACCGACCCGUUCCGCGGAGGACGCGGCCGACCCCAACGCCGACCCCUUCAUCACCCUCAUCGCCGACCUCCGCGCCACGAACACCGCCCUCCUCGCCUUUCUGAGAUCUCUCCCGCCUGUCAAGGCUCUCGUCGCCGACUUCUUCUGCGCGUACGGGCUUGACGCCGCCACGGAGCUCGGCGUCCCAGCCUACGUCUUCUUCUCCCUUUGCGCGUCGGCUCUUGCUACCUUCCUGCAUAUCCCCGUCCUUCGCCCCGCCGUCUCCUUCGGGGAGAUGGGCCGCUCCUUGCUGCAAUUCCCGGGGGUCCACCCGAUUCCGGCGUCCGACUUGCCUGAAGCCCUACUCGAUCGAGACAACAUGCAGUACGAUACAAUUCUUGGUCUCUUCGAGCAGCUGCCCAGAGCGACGGGCAUACUGUCCAACACUUUCGACUGGCUGGAGCCCCGAGCCGUGAAGGCGAUAAAAGAUGGGACUCCUCGCCCCGGUGAGUCGAUGCCGAAACUGUUCUGCGUCGGCCCGCUGGUCGGCGAGGAGAGAGGAGGCAAUAAGAUCCAUGAAUCCCUAAGUUGGCUGGACAAGCAGCCGGCCGGGAGCGUGGUCUUCCUCUGUUUCGGGAGCGCGAGCUCGGUGCCGGCGGAGCAGCUAAACGAGAUCGCCGUGGGGCUGGAGAAGAGCGGGCACGCGUUCCUCUGGGCCGUGCGCGCGCCGGUCGCGCCGGACGCUGACUCCACGAAGCGGUUCGAAGGGCGGGGUGACGCGGCGGUGGAGGCGCUGCUGCCAGACGGGUUCUUGGACAGGACACGAGGGCGAGGAAUGGUGGUGUCGUCCUGGGCGCCGCAGGUGGAGGUGCUCCGGCACCCGGCGAUCGGCGCGUUCGUGACCCACUGCGGGUGGAACUCAAUUAUGGAGGCCGUCACAGCGGGGGUGCCGAUGCUGUGCUGGCCGAUGUAUGCGGAGCAGAGGAUGAACAAGGUGUUCAUUGCGGAGGACAUGAAGCUUGGAGUGACCAUCGACGGCUACGACGAGGUCAUGGUGAAGGCUGGGCAGGUGGAGGCGAAGGUGAGGCUGGUCAUGGACUCAGAGCAUGGGAAGGAGAUCAGGGACAGGACGAUGCUGGCGAAACAGAUGGCCGCCGAUGCGCUCGAGUGCGGUGGAUCAUCAACGGCAGCGUGCCUUGACUUCAUCAACAGUAUAAACAUUUCUACACCCCACUGAAUCGACCGAGGCUGUAGACAGACAGCUCGAGUGAGUUACUGCUACUGCUCGUUGGCUUUUUCAUAUGUACUGAGUGGAAUGGUGGAGUGUACUUGUAUGUGACACUUCAGUGCGAACU